UGUCUGACUUGAGAUAUAACUAUGUUUAGUAGAUUUCCCUAAUUAUCAACAGAUUAAGCAAUUGAAGUUUAUUAAUUCGACCGGUGUUUAUAAACUAAAGGUCAAGACAUUUGAGAACCAGAAUGAAGGGCUUUUCCAGAAUGGAGGGUCACUCUACGUUAGUUUUUUGUUUCUAUUUGAUAACAGUAAAUCACGUGACGUGUAGUGAUCCUGAAGUUUUGGAAUAUCUGAAUAGAACACAACCUGCGCUGCGACAACUCGCCGAGUUCAAACUCAAGCAUCCGAAACCAAUAGGAAUACUCACUACAAGCGCAGGAAAGCUCGUAGAAUUAAGAGAAACUACCACAUUGAAUUCCGAUUCUUUUUCGAACCAAUAUUUUGUAGAUUCACUAUCCCACUCUGAUGCUGAAAGAAUUCCUGAAAGAGUUGUUCAUGCGAAAGGUAUCGGUGCUCACGGAUAUUUUGAAGUGACUCACGAUGUAUCAAAAUAUACAAAAGCUGAUGUGUUUAAUGGCGUUGGAAAGAAAACACCAGUGUUCGGACGGUUUUCCGUUGCAGCCCAAAAUCUAGGUGGAAGUGAUCUAGUAAGAGAACAGAAAGGAUUAGCUUUAAAGUUUUACACGAGGGAAGGAAAUUUAGACUUAUUAUGUAUCCAUAUACCAGUAUAUUUCUAUAAAGAUCCACUUGAGUUUGUACCAAUUUCUCACGCUGCAAAAAGAAAUCCCCGGAGUACCCUUUUCGAUACAACGAUGACUUUGGACAUAGUAACCAAGAGACCGGAUAAUGUGCACGGACAACUUUGGGUAAAUUCUGAUUUCGGUCUUCCAAAUGGCUAUCGCAAAAUAAAUCAAUUCCCUAUUCACACUUAUGAAAUAAAUAAUAAGCAAGGUGAGAAAUUUUACGUCAAGUUUAAUUUUAUUUCUAAUCAAGGCAUAGAAUUUCUUUCAGAUGAAGUAGCAAGAAAGAUCGGAGAUAUUGAUUAUUUUAAUAGGGAUCUGUAUAAUGCUAUCAAAAAUGGAGAUUAUCCUAGUUGGAAUUUGGAAAUGGAUCUCAUGACAAUGGAUGAUAUAAAGAAACUUGAUUACGAUCCUUUCGAUCUUACCAGAUUGUGGAAAAAGGGGACAUAUAAGACUGUUCAAAUAGGGCGCGUUAUAUUUAACCGAAACUCUGAUAAUCAAUUCAGGGAUCAUGAACUAAGCGCAUUUAAUCCUGGACAUUUAGUACCCGGUAUUCCUGGACCAAUGGAUAACCUCUUUAGAGGAAGAAGGUUUGCGUACCGCGAUGCUCAUACACAUAGGUUAGGUAUCAAUCACAACAGAGUCGAGAUUAACAAACCUCUGUAUUCGAAAGCGUACGAUCGUGAUGGUGUUCCUCCAGUAAGAGAAAAUAUGAAAGAUGCACCAAAUUACUAUCCGAAUUCAUUCAACGGCCCUGUUCCGUAUGUGGACCCCAGUAGACCGAAAGAAAGACUAGUUAUUUAUGAAAGAAAUGCAGUAGACUUGGAGCCAGCGGCGGAGUUCUAUAACGAAUUUUUGCAAACCGAAGGUCAAAGAGAAAGACUUGUUAAUACAACGGUAAGAUCAAUAUUACCCAUACCACCUGAGCUACAAAGACGGGUAAUUCGUCUGUAUACCCUGACUGACGAGGACUUGGGUACAAGGGUCGCUGAGGGAUUGAAGAGAGCUUUGCGUAUGCCUCCACCGCCACCGCCACGCGUGAUAAGAUUAAACCCACGAAAUGCCAAUGAUCACCCUCGACAACACUACUAUUCAACGUAAACAAAACCAAUAGGAAUACUCACUACAAGCGCAGGAAAGCUCGUAGAAUUAAGAGAAACUACCACAUUGAAUUCCGACUCUUUUUCAAACCAAUAUUUUAUAGAUUCACUAUCCCACUCUGAUGCUGAAAGAAUUCCUGAAAG